AUGCCUAGGUCGUACGUAAACAACGCCUCCAACCGAAGUCUGGGGAGGGUGGGCAUGCCCGUCGGUAGUAUGCCGGUGUCACGAGGAUCAGCUGGGUCAUCAGCUAGUGGUUUUGGAGCAAGUUCCUUCGGAAGCGGAUCAUCCACCAAGACUUAUGUAGAUAAUGCAUCUAAUCGAAAUCUUGGAAGGGUGGGCAUGCCCGUCGGUAGCAUGCCGGUGUCACGAGGAUCAGCUGGGUCAUCAGCUAGUGGUUUUGGAGCAAGUUCCUUCGGAAGCGGAUCAUCCACCAAGACUUAUGUAGAUAAUGCAUCUAAUAGAAAUCUUGGAAGGGUGGGCAUGCCCGUCGGUAGCAUGCCGGUGUCACGAGGAUCAGCAGCUAGUGGUGUUGGAGCAUCGCAAAGCUCAUCUCCAAAAACCUAUGUAGAUAAUGCGUAUAACCGGAGUAAAGGAAGGGUAGGAAUGGAACAUGGAACAGCAGUCAUAUCCAAGAACUCCACUCAGUCCCAAGGUGUGAAGUUAUAUGUUGACAACGCCUUUAACCGGCGCAUUGGGCGUGUCGGUUUACCUGUCGGCUCCAUGGUGGUGUCUAGGACCUCACGGUCAGGAGAAAAACAUAACAAGAAGAAACCAACUCCUGGCAAAUCGAAAGACGAUACAAUGAAAUCGCAUAUUAAAGACAUAGUGGACAAUUAUAUUGAGAACCCUGAGAUUGAUGUAAACCCCUACUACCUGAAUGAAGACGAUGCAUAUUCGGAGGAAGUUAGCGAACAGGCUAUUGACCUAAUUCACCGAAUGGAUCAGAUCCGACUUUGGCAGCAGAAAUCAAACAAGAGUACAGGGCCGAUGACGUCAUAUGAUCUCCUUCAAAGUUACCGCGGAGAAAAAAUUCAGUUCGACGAGCUGAUUUUGGAUGAGAAAAUAGGUCAUGGUGGAUUCGGUGAUGUCCACUGCGCCACGUGGAAGGGGACUGUGGUUGCAGUAAAGAAACUUAGAGUUCAGAGGGUAUCACAGAAACGAUUAGAAGAGUUCGCUUCGGAAAUCAAAGUCUUCUGCACACUCGACCAUCCAAAUAUUGUCCAGUUCCUUGGUGCCUGUUGUGUGACACCGAACAUCGCAAUCGUCAUGGAGUUCAUGGAGGGAUGUCUGUUCCAAAUGUUGCACAUGAACGACAAUAUCUCCCUGACAGAAGACGACAAGCUAAGCAUCAUUGUCCAGAUAUGCCGAGGGUUAGAUUAUUUACAUGCGAAUAACAUCGCUCACUGUGAUAUAAAAUCACAGAACGUUCUCAUGGCGACCGGUGACCGCGGCUAUGUGGCAAAGAUCACUGAUUUUGGGCUCAGCAUGAUGAGGAACAAUUCGGAUACGUCUUCCACUAACCAUGACCAGGUUCGGAAUAUCGGAACCCCUCGUUAUUCUGCUCCAGAAGUACUGCGUGGGGAGCUGUUAGAUCGAGCUGCCAUGAUGAGAGCCGACAUGUACUCCCUUGGUCUGGUGGUGUUUGAAGUCAUCUCCCAAGAUGAACCGUUUGAUUCCCUGAACGCCAAACAGAUAGAACGUUUGGUUGGAAACGGGAAUGAAAUGCCCGUAUUCGGAACUGACGUGGAAGAAAACGUGGAGGCAAACGUGAAAACAUGCUGGAGCAGAGAUCCGUUUCUUCGACCCUCUUCGUCCUGUUUCCGUGACACGGUAGAAAAGUGGGAGUGUCUUUACAUGUGAAAAACUUAUGUGACAUUGGAAGCUUCAUCAUAUUGGUUUGAUUGUGAAUUUUUCACAGAUAUGGUUAUUCAUAUGUAUCAACAUUCUGGCGCUUUCUUACUAACAAGACACUUUUAUUGAACAUUGUUGGUGUGCUGGGUCCAAACUGUCUUUGCAUUUACUACAAUACGUUAUAUCUUAUAGCAUUGAUAAUCAUAUAUUAGUGUAAUCACGUUUUU